ACAACACUUACUUGUGACCAUAUCUCUGUCCUUCAGUACAUGCUUUUUAGCGCAAUCACCACGACACCGAACUACCUUUGGCAAAGCUGGAUGGAGAAUAGAUGGCCAAGCACAGAAACAAGACAGAAGAAGGGAGGCAGGAAGAUGCCUCAUAUCAGCGUCAGUAAUGUUGUCGUAAAAUUCAUCCUCGAUCAGACUUUGGGAUCCGUGGUUAACACGAUGCUGUACUUUGUUGUCAUGGGGCUCAUCAAGGGGUCAAAUUGGCCGUCCAUCCUCGAGGACAUCCAGAUGAACUUUGGAAACCCCCUACUCGCCGGAUAUCGAUUCUGGCCUUUCGUCUGUCUGUUGAAUCUGAUUCUCGUUCCGAUAGAUUUUAGGUCUUUGGUUGGAUCUCUAUCUGGGCUCGGAUGGAGUGUUUUUUUGAGUCUUCGAUUCGAUGAAAAGCGGUCACUAAAGGAUGGUCACGACGGUAGACACGGUCAUUGA